CCUUUCCCACCUCCUCGAAUCUUCAUCAACAUCCUCGAUUAUUCUAGUCCUCUCUCGAUUCUCUCUACCCCAAUCUCGUAAUUUCUCGAACCUUUUCUAAAGUGUUAUAAAUUCCGGCUUCAGUUCUUUUUGUUUUCACUUGACGCUGUGAACUUUGAAAACAUACUGUCGAUUCUGCGAUCAUCAACCUCAAUCCUAAGUACGAAUUUUUGCCGUGUCUGUCUCUGAAUUUAAAGCUUGAAGCUUUGCCAUGGCGGCAAACGAAGGAAAGGCAAUAGGCAUAGACCUAGGAACGACCUACAGCUGCGUGGGUGUGUGGCAAAACGACCGCGUUGAGAUCAUCCCGAACGAUCAAGGCAAUCGCACCACCCCAUCCUAUGUGGCAUUCACUGACACCGAGAGGCUCAUCGGAGAUGCGGCAAAGAAUCAGGUGGCCAUGAACCCGCAGAACACCGUCUUCGAUGCGAAGCGACUGAUCGGUCGGCGAUUCUCCGAUCCAUCCGUCCAAAACGACAUGAAGCUCUGGCCUUUCAAGGUCGUUCCGGGUGCAGCGGAGAAGCCCUUGAUCGUCGUCACAUACAAAGGCGAAGAGAAAAAAUUCGCCGCCGAAGAGAUCUCGUCAAUGGUCCUAACGAAGAUGAGAGAAGUCGCCGAGGCGUUUCUGGGUCAUCCAGUGAAAAAUGCAGUCAUAACCGUCCCUGCUUAUUUCAACGAUUCUCAGAGACAAGCCACUAAGGACGCUGGAGCGAUCUCUGGUUUGAACGUCCUUCGAAUCAUUAACGAACCUACAGCAGCUGCUAUAGCCUAUGGAUUGGACAAGAAAGCUUCUAGAAAAGGUGAACAAAACGUGCUUAUUUUCGACCUCGGUGGUGGAACUUUUGAUGUUUCAUUGUUAACAAUCGAAGAAGGGAUUUUCGAAGUUAAAGCUACAGCCGGUGAUACCCAUCUGGGAGGUGAAGAUUUUGACAACAGGAUGGUGAAUCAUUUCGUGGCCGAGUUCAGACGGAAGAACAAGAAGGACAUAAGUGGAAACGCAAGAGCUUUGAGGAGAUUAAGGACAGCUUGUGAGAGAGCUAAAAGGACUUUGUCUUCGACAGCACAAACAACUAUUGAAAUUGAUUCUCUGUACGAAGGAAUUGACUUCUAUGCGACAAUUACGAGAGCGAGGUUCGAGGAACUGAACAUGGACUUGUUCAGGAAAUGCAUGGAACCUGUGGAGAAGUGUCUACGGGACGCGAAAAUCGACAAGGGACAGGUCCAUGAGGUUGUUCUGGUAGGCGGGUCGACCCGAAUCCCGAAGGUUCAACAACUCCUCCAAGACUUCUUCAACGGAAAAGAGCUCUGCAAAAGCAUCAACCCAGACGAAGCUGUCGCGUACGGCGCGGCAGUGCAAGCGGCGAUCUUGAGCGGCGAAGGCGACGAGAAAGUUCAAGACUUGUUAUUGCUCGACGUGACCCCACUAAGCCUUGGACUCGAAACCGCCGGUGGGGUCAUGACGGUGUUGAUCCCAAGAAACACCACAAUCCCAACAAAAAAAGAACAGAUUUUCUCUACCUAUUCCGAUAACCAACCUGGGGUUUUGAUCCAAGUGUACGAAGGAGAACGAGCGAGAACUAAAGAUAACAACUUACUCGGCAAAUUCGAGCUCUCUGGAAUCCCUCCAGCGCCUAGGGGAGUGCCUCAGAUCAACGUGUGCUUCGACAUAGACGCCAAUGGGAUUUUGAACGUCUCUGCGGAGGACAAAACAGCCGGAGUGAAGAACAAGAUAACGAUCACGAACGAUAAAGGAAGGUUGAGCAAAGAAGAGAUUGAAAAGAUGGUGCAAGAUGCAGAGAGGUACAGGGCAGAGGACGAGGAAGUGAAGAAGAAGGUGGACGCGAAGAACUCGCUCGAGAACUAUGCUUAUAAUAUGAGGAACACGAUCAAGGACGACAAGAUCGCAAGCAAGUUAGGAGCAGGCGAGAAGCAGAAAAUUGAGAAGGCUGUGCAGGAGACGAUAGAGUGGUUGGAUGGAAAUCAAUUGGCUGAAGUGGACGAGCUUGAGGAUAAGCUGAAGGAAUUGGAAGGUAUAUGCAACCCCAUCAUAGCUAAGAUGUACCAGCAAGGUGGUGCUGGUGCUGCUGGUGGAAUGGAAGAGGACAUGCCGGGUUCUGGAUCCACCGGGUCGGGUUCUGGAUCUGGCCCGAAGAUUGAGGAAGUUGACUGAAGCAGAAGCUGAACUAAGUCCCUGUGUGUAGCUAGUAUGCCGCCAAGCAUUUAAUAAGCUUCAUGGUGAGGAGGGUGUUUUAUGUUUCUAGUUUUAGAAUGUAGUUAUGAAGAUGGUGAUGGAUCUGAAUAAAAGUUGAGAUUUCUGUUCAGAUGGAUUUACUGAGCAUAAGUUCAUGUUUUGAUCUUGCAGCUUUGUGCAUGAUCGUAGAUUAAUUUGGUGGGUGGAAGUGGUUUUAGUUUUGAACUGUUGGGUUGAAUGAAAUCAUACUGCUGAAGGACUAGAAAGUAGAAAAACCUUUUCUGGAUAGGUUAUAAUGUGCGGGAUGUUUUGUGAGUUGAAUUUUGUGUGUCAUGGCCGGAGUUUCAGCAUUUUGCUGGUGGAUUUGAAUGUGAGUUUCGAUCUUCCUUCUCUUGUA